AUGCGGCAGCCAUUGUUUCUGUUAUUAGUGUUUAGCAAAUGUUGCUUGGCAGCAGGGCAGUUAACUGUUGUCAUUGAUCUAAACGAAAAAUUCUUGGAUGUUAGCGAUGAAGGGCUAUGGAUUGUCAAGUUCUAUGCUCCAUGGUGUGCGCACUGUAAACGUUUACUUCCUGUCUGGGAACACCUUGGACAUGCCGUUAGCGACAAGAAUCUACCGGUACGGGUUGCAAAGAUGGACUGCACACGUUUCACAAGUGCUUGCAAUAAGCUCUCUGUUAACGGAUAUCCCACCAUUAUAUUUUUCCGUCAUGGACGGAAAAUCGAGUAUUUUGGAGAGCGCACAAAAGAGGCGUUGUUCAACUUCGUCGUAAAGAGUGCUGCUCCAGUUGUCGAAAAAGUAUUGUUGCAGAUUAGACGUGAUUCUCGAAGUGAUCCUGCGUUUGUUAUCAUUGGUGAUGGGAAGGAUGAUAUGCAGGCAGAAUUUGAAGUGAUUGCGGACUCAUUAUUUUGGAAGGUAUUCUCUAACUGUGCCAUUUUUGAUUCUUUAACCCGUACUAAAUCCAAUUCUGAAGGAAAUUUCUAUUCAACAAUUAUUGCAGAAGGCCUAAGCUCUUGGAUAAUGGCUGAAAGGUGGCCUUUAAUGCCUCGUGCGUCUUCUUCAAAUCUUGCCGAUAUAGCUAGCACCGGAAAAUUAAUAGUGCUUGUGAUAUGUAGUGAGUUGGAAAGAUUCAACCUGUCGUCACCCAUAGGGAUAUUUUGUGAAAAAGCGAGGCAGGCGGCUGAGGAUCUACGGAAGUCUGAAUAUUUGUGGUCCCGUUUCCAGUUUGCUUGGCUGGAUGGACCGGAAUUGGCCACGAACAUUUUAUGCAUACUUGUGUUUAACUACACAACUUAUGAGUACUACCUUAAUGAGGACGAUCCGGAUAGAGUCACUCGUGCGUCGUUGGUCACUUGGCUUAAUAACCUUGCAGAUGGAAUUGAGAAAGGAGUGCAAGUUUCGCUUGGAGGUCGUUCGUUGCCAACUCGAAUGCGCCGAAUGAUUUUCGAAGUCUAUUCAAAUAUCACGCAAAUGUUUGCCACGCAACCUUUACUGUCAUCAGUUCUUUUCGGCAUGCCAAUCGCUUUUCUUAGUAUAAUAUGUUACAGGUUAUCUUCGUAUCUCAACGUACAUAGUGCGAUGUUGAAACUACUUUACAUGAGAGAGAGAAUCCGAGUUUCGACCUACGUCAACGAUCAAAGAUAA